UACUCAGAAAAACUCACACACAGUGUAGAUAGCCUACAGAGUGCAAGCUGGAACUGCGUGAACUUUAUGUUUAAGGGCAAUUUCGAAACUUUUGAAAAUAAUUUAAGAGUUAAAUACACACAUUGAAGUAAAAUGGUUUAUUUGAGAGAAGUUGUUAUUCUUUCACCAGAAUUUCAAUAACUGGGACUUAAUUACUAACUUUUGACUGGGUCUGACUUGGACUUACGGAAAGGACUUUACAUGGGUCAUUUUAACGCAGGAAAACGCGAUGUGGAUUUGGAGACUUCUCAGAAUCGGAAACGAUGAAGACCAAUUUUACAAAAGCAAUUCGUUGGAUAAUAUUGCAUAAUGAGUGAUUCAUUUUCGAUUUCUUUCCAAUGAGAGCUUUUAUUUCCUCUAUUCACUUUCGCUGAGAGCAAGGACCGCAUUUGGACAGUUAUACGCUGAAAAUAUAUUUUGAUUUGGUGUCGAUUAUUAUAAUAACGGCACUUAAGAAAAACUGUCAAAAAAACUGGACUUACAAUGACAAGCUGUUGGUUUGCCUUUGUGGGAUUGUGGUGGAGCGCUUAUUGCAUGUUCCUUAUUGCAGGUAGCAAUUAUUUAUUCGAUGGGAACAACGAGGUGCACCCUAGUUUCAUUCACCGGCGGUUGCGGACUCACGAAAAGAGGGAGAUGCAGAAGGAGAUUCUCUCCAUCCUUGGGCUUCCACACAGACCCAGACCACAUCUGUCACAUGGAAAGUACAACUCCGCUCCGCUCUUCAUGCUGGAUCUUUACAACACGAUAUCAAGCGAGGAAAAAAACGAGUUGGAAGGCAUGUUGGAAGAGUACCAGUCCAUAUUCACCACCCAAGGUCCCCCUUUAGCCACAUAUCAGGAAAACGCCUUCCUAAAUGACGCGGAUAUGGUGAUGAGCUUUGUUAAUUUGGUUGAGCACGACAGAGAACUGUCGCCGCACAGACGGCACCACAAGGAAUUCAAGUUCAACCUGUCCCAGAUCCCUGUGGGAGAGGCUGUCACCGCCUCAGAGUUCCGCCUCUACAAGGAGUGUGUGAGCCGGGCUUUUCGCAACGAGACCCUGCUGCUCAGUGUCUACCAAGUAGUGCAGGAGCACCCCAACAGGGAAGCGGACCUGUUUCUGCUGGGAUCUCGCAAGCUGUUGGGGGCCGAGGAGGGCUGGCUGGAGUUUGACAUAACGGCCACCAGCAACCUGUGGGUAAUGAGUCCCCACCACAACUUGGGCCUCCAGAUUAGAGUGGAGACCAGCAGUGGACAGAGCGUCAGCUCCAAGGAGGCGGGCCUAGUGGGCCGUGACGGGGCGCUGGAGAAGCAGCCGUUCAUGGUGGCCUUCUUCAAAGUCAGUGAGGUGCACAUCCGUGCCGCCCGCUCCACAAACAAGCGCAACAAGAACCGGAACCGCCCCACACAGGCCCAGGAAGGAGGCCCCAGGGGGCCCAGCCCAGCAGACUACAACAGCAGUGACCAGAAGACAGCCUGUAGGAGACAUGAGCUCUACGUCAGCUUCAGAGAGUUGGGUUGGCAGGACUGGAUCAUUGCACCUGAGGGCUAUGCUGCCAACUACUGCGACGGCGAGUGCUCCUUCCCACUCAACGCCCAUAUGAAUGCCACCAACCAUGCCAUUGUGCAGACACUGGUCCACCUCAUGAACCCGGAGAAUGUGCCCAAGCCAUGCUGCGCCCCUACCAAGCUGCAGGCCAUCUCUGUGCUCUACUUUGAUGACAACUCCAACGUCAUCCUGAAGAAGUACAAGAACAUGGUGGUCAGGGCUUGUGGCUGCCACUGACACCUGCCGUAACACCGCCGCGUCUUCAUGGACAGCUCUUGUAAAAUCCUCUGCGUCGUCAUGGACACCUGACGUAAAACCGCUGCGUCGUCAUGGUCACCUGACUGGGCUGCAGCUGUGGCUGUGCGCACACGGCAUCCUGGGUCUGCGUGUUUGUUUGUGUGUGUGUGUGUGUGUGUGUGUGUGUAAGUGUGUGUAAGUGUGUGUACUACCUUCUCCUCUACCUUACUCAAUGAGCGAGGGACUGAUAAUGGACCAGACAAACCUGCUGCUUUCCCGUCUCUCAAAACUAAGUUCUCAGAUGGCUAAUGGCUCAGUACAGAAAAAAAACAAUCAAAGACUUUAGGGAAUUGACUCAGUGUUAUCACAAAGUGUUGCACAAAGCUGUUACAUAAUGUCAGAUUGGCACAGAGGGCAUGUAGGAAUUAGGUUGGCAGCGAAAAAGCCUUCUCCUAACAACACUAUUUUUAAAUACAGAUUUGCAGUGCCUUCAAAAAGUAUUCAACCCCCCUUGGCUUCUUCCAAAUGUUGUGCUACAUCCUGGAUUUAAAAUUGGUUACAUUCUGAUGUGUCAUUAAUAUACACACAAUGUCCCAUAUUGUCAAAGUGGACUUUUGUUUUUAGGAAAUGUUACUAAUUCAUUAAAAAUGAAAAAAUGAAA